UGUAUUAGCGAGACAUGCGAGUAGGAAGUUACUUAGAUUAACGUUUCUGUCUAGGCGAGUAUGCGAUUUAUUUAGGUUUUGAAUAUAACGGGAGUAAAAUCAUCGUAUUUCCUGGAAAGAAUCUUGGACAUUAAAGGUUGCCACCAUGAACUCCGUAUUAACGUCGGUUCGUUCCCUCAUGCAAGUGUUUGAUGGCAAAAUGCAGGAGUUCAUCAGUGAGAUUGAUAAUGUCCACAUGGUUUGGCUGGAGGAGAUCCAACAAGAAGCCAAUCGCAUGUUUUCAAGGGACUUUAAUGCCGAACCUGAAUUGAUGCCAAAAACACCGUCACAGAAAAAGAACAGUCGCAGGAAACGUGUGUCUUUAGGACGUCAAGAAGAAAAUCAAGCAAGGCGGAGAUUUUCAAAGGGAAAGCGCAGUAACCUGCGUGGCUCUUCUGUUAAACCACUAAACCUGAUUCUUGAAGAUGAAUCCAUUCCUGAAGUUUCAACUUCUGAGACCAGCCCCACAGUUCAGCCGAAACGCAACACCCGCAAAAACAAACAGACAAAGCCUGAGGUGGUAGAGGAUGAGGAUAAGCUGUCUGGCAACAGCAAUGAAUCAGAAAAAGUGCAGAACAAAAAGCCCCAGCUGGAAGUGGAGGAAGAGGAAGAGGUGGGCAGAAGUGAUGAUGUGCAGGAUGCUGAAGUCGAUCCACAAGAAGCAAGUGUUCCUGUCCCGUCUCCUCCCAAGAUACCCUUGCCUAAAGUAGUUGUCAGGAUCUCAUCUGAGGAGCGUCUCUCUGCUGAGCUAGCCAAGAUGUCUGAAGCUUCUCCAGGUCGUACAGCCACUAAGAUUCCAAUAGCAGAUGCUACUCAGAACGCGAGGCGGAGCUCUGUGCGAUGCUCCCUCAAACUACGUCACUCAGUUGCUGGUCUCCGGCACAGUAUGACGCAGGAAUCUGUCCGCCGGGCCUCGCAGCGAUCUAUGCUUAAGAGGAAGGCAGCUCGCAUGGGCAAGUCUACAUGUAGCAGCAACAUCAGUGAGGACUCUUCCAUGGACACUGCUGAGGAAGAAGACGCCGUAAAAGAGGCUGGACCUGCAGACACGGUUGAUAAUACUGCUGCUGAAAAAUCAAAGGACUCUUCAAAGAACAAACUCAAAAUAAAUCGGCUUGUUCUGGAACCGGUUGAACGAAUCACUCGAUCUGUGGCUGCAAACUCUCCCAAAUUGGCACCCCCACCGUUAUUUGUCAGCGAGGAAAAAGUGAGCACCCCUGUCAAACGAACAGUUGCCAUUGGGAAACAACAGACACCAGUUCGGAGGACAAGCCGCAGUACUAAACGUAAAGCACCAGACACUGUAGAGGACAGUCCUACAAAGAGGUUAUCUCCUCCCAAGAAGAGUCAAACUGCGAUUAGACCCAAUAUGAAGACUUUCCUCCACACUGUGCAGAAGAAUCAGUUGCUAAUGAUGACGCCAAGCUCUCUCGGUCGAACCUCUACGAUCAAGUCCUUCAUCAAACACACCACCCCCCUGAAACUUGAUCUGAAGAUGAACUCUGGUACUGUGACAAAAGAGCGUUACAAGCUGGAAGCACUGAAGAAAAAGCAGGAGCAAGAGGAGGAAAGGAUGAGGAAAAUGGAGGAGGAGAAGAAGAAGAAACAGGACGAACUUAAACGGAAGAGGGAUGAGAGGAUGAGAAGAGUGUUUGAGGCCAAAGUAAAAGAAGAGCAGAGGGAAGAGGAAAAGAAAAAGAAGAUUGAGCAAAAGAUGGCUCAGAUUGAAGGGAAAAACGAUAAGCAGCGCCAGGCGGAGGAGAAGGCCAAGAAGAAGGUGACCUUGAAGCGUCAAGAGGAGCUGGAGCAGAAGAAACUGGAAGAAGAAGCCAAAAAGAAAAAGAUGCAGCAGGAAGAAGAGAAGCGUCAGCAGGAACUUCUGACAAAGAAGAAGGAGGAAGAAGAGCUGAAAGCUCUCAGAGCGCUGGAGCUGAAGAGACAGCAGGAGAGAGAGCGGCAAGCCGCGGCUGAAAGGGAGCGGGUGGAAAAAGAAAAGGCUCUCGCUCUACAACGCGAAUUGGAAAGAGCAGCAAGAGAAAAAGAGAUGAGGGAACUGGAAGAGAAAAGGAAGGCCCUUGAGGAAAAAAGAAAACUGGAGGAGCAGCAGAGACUUGCUGCGAAAGAGAAGGCUCUUAAAGAGAAAGAGGCCAAGGGGAAGGAGGCUGCUGCUCACAAUCAGGCUUCUGCUAACCUGAACGUGACCGUGGAUAUUGAGAAGUCAGUAAUGAACACACCAAAGGGAAAGGCAGGCGGCAUAAACGUGACGUUGGAUAUUGCGCAGUCCUCGCCUCAGUCGUAUGUCAUCACUCCAAAGGGGGGUAAUAAACCAACAAUGUCCAAAAGUCAAGAGGAUUAUGGAAUGGAUCAGAACAGUGACGACUCCACCGAUGAUGAGUCCGCCCCUCGGAAACAGAUUCCAUCCUGGGCAGAAGGUCCCAACCUGAAGCAGAUAAUAAUGAAGCAAUACUUCAACCCUCCGGAUUUGGACUCGUUCUUCGGAAUUAUUGAGCCACCAAAACUGGAGAACAUCUUUUACAAGAGCAAGCCUCGUUACUUUAAACGCACUAGCUCUGCCGUGUGGCAUUCGCCUCCUGGGGCAAAGUAGUGAUGUACACUGAUACAGUACUUAUACUGGAUACUUAUGUAUAAAGUUUUUGUUUAUUUCAAAUAAAGCAUCUGUUUUUUCC